AUGAGCACCCUUCCCUCAGAGCGGACAUCUCCAGAGCCCGAGGUACCUGAAAACGAGAACGAUAUUGAUGACGAGGUGGAGGUGGAGGCAGGCAGCACCAACUUUAGAACAAUCCUCAACAAAGUUAAGAGAAAAGUUACGUUUUUUAAAAAAAGUGAAAUUUCCUCUCUAAAACUUCGUGAGCUUCAGAAAGACGAGCAUGGCAAAUUGGACAGUACGUGUCUGAACCUCAUACAGAAAGUUAAGACUAGGUGGAACUCCUGUUUUGACAUGCUGGACAGGUACAUUUAUCUUGCUCCUCUCGUUACCCGGGAAAUUGACGACUACCUGCUGACUGAGCCUGAGGCAUGUGCUCUCAAAGAAAAUCUGACCACCUUACUGCGAGAUGCUUUUGCCAGCAUAGAGGAAGUGCCCAUGUAUGCUGCAGCUACACUAUUGGAUCCGCGCUUUAAAAAGUUUAGAUUCUGGCAGGAUAUAUCAAGUCGACGCAGCGACCUAGUCAAAAAGAAGAUGGCUGAAGGAAGCACCCAGCCGCUGUCUGAUAAGGUUCCUGAGGCCCAGAGCACGGUUGCAGAGCAGAGCGACAGCUUCUGGGAUUCAUUUGACAAGGAGGUUGAGGGAAGAUCGGCUGCACAAUCCGGCCAAGAUAUGGCAGGAGGAAUACCAAUCCAGUUUCGCAUGUAUUUGGACAGCACCCCCGUUAAGCGCAAAGAUUUCCCGAAUCCCCUUCGUGCAUGGGCAGCGAUUAAAGGAGAGUACAAGUACGUGUACCAGGUGGCGCAAGAAUACCUUUCUAUCUUGGCAACGUCUGUGCCAUCAGAACGUCUCUUCUCCCACGCGGGCUUGAUUGAAAAUCAGCUACGAACUCGGCUGUCGGGAAAGUUACUAGAAAUACUAGUAUUCUUAAGAUCAUGUGACAACGCUUUGUGGUUUGAAUGA